AUGACACGGCAGACGCCUGGUCUUCGAGACUCAAUCAAGAGAAACCUGGCAGAGAUAGUCGCGCUUCAUGAGGAGAUCCUUGACGAGCUGAAUCGCCUGGUACCGUAUCUGGGCCCGUCCCAAUUCGAAGUGCCCGCCGCGUCCAGGUUUCCCAGUAUCCAGCUCCGGAGAAAAGCCCACACACACCGCCGAUGGAGGAGUCUUGAUGCUGUACCAGAGGACGAGAACAUCCACUACUCCGCCUUGGAAGAACCAGAUGCUCUUGCCGAUCCUCAGCUUGCCGCUGCUGUGGCCAGGAUAUUUGGCAAAAGGAUGAGCAGGUUUUUCGUAUAUAAGGAGUAUGGGGCGAAGUAUGAGAUGAUGGCGGCAGAUAUUGCCAUGGCGUCUGCCGGUGUGCCCGAGUGGGAAUCCUUCCGGAAUGGCCUGGAGGCGCUGGCAUUGACUGUUGGAUCAGCCAGACGUUAUCUGCAUGCAUCCAAGAAGUCCUCCACCCUCGGCGAUCUUGUCAUAAAGAAGCUCGAUGCGGUGGCAAGAAACCAAAUACGUUCGUAUGGUCGGAUUCAACUCUGCGGUGCCCUCCAUGUAACUUGGCAAUCGGGCGGGCAAGUCAAGGGACAGCACAUGAUUUGCCUCCUUUAUGAACAAGUCCUCUGUCUUGCGACUGCUGGAAAGGCUGACCCCAUUUACACCAUCAUGGCCUGUAUAGAUCUUGAUGGGGCCAGGAUUAAGAAUUCUCUAAACCAACCGGGUGAGUUCGACCUACGCAGGGGUACCGCUGCGACGGCCGGCUUCUGA